CAGCUUCACGUACCAAUAUUCAUCUUCGUAACAGAGCACGCCAGCAACCACUGGUCACCAUCACAAGACGUUCGGAAACCUCAGCUAGAAGGCCAUAGUCAGGAUGACAGAGGCCCAGGACAGGUUUCCUCUCCAUACUGCAGCUCGCGAGGGCAAAGUUUCCAUCGCAGAAACCAUACUCAAGACAGAACCCAAGCUUGCUGCACGAGAAGACGAUGACGGCAGGCUUCCCAUACACUGGGCCGCGUCCUCCAACUGCAUUGACAUUGUCAUUCUACUUACGCAGAGUCGUAGCUUUGACCCUGAUGUCCAAGAUGGCAGCGGCUGGACGCCGCUGAUGAUCUCUGCAAGCCUUAAAGACGGCGAAGAUCUCGUCAAUCUACUUCUUCAAAAAGGCGCUGAUGUCAACCUGAAGAGUGACACAGCGGUAGCUUUACUAAAAGCUGGCGCCGUGAUCAAUAAAAAGGACAAUGAUGGGUGUCUACCUUUAGAUCUGGCCCCUGACAAGGAAGUCCGCCGAUUCAUUGAACGCGCUGCCGAGGAGGAGGGCAUAGAGCUAUGAUUUAGCUGAGCUAGCCACAGGAAUAGCAUCCGCACUUAUUAUUAUUCCUUUAUCUAAUUGUGCGCUCUACCAAGUCGCGAUACAUGGCCUUGACAUCCUGCACGUCAGCCCGCAACUCCUCUACUAGCUCGCUCUUCUCCCCGAGUAAUUCUAGUG